AUGGCUACUCCCACCGUGUCAACUCCGGUGAAAACCCAUCAUGGGAUCUUCUCUAGCAAGACUGCCGGUGGUCGCAUGCCUCUAACACCAUCGCCCCGUCCUCGUACUGGCAGUAUGGCCUCCAACCACUCAUCUCCAUUCACUCCCCCUCGCCAGGCGACAGAAGCAGGCAGGGAUCAAAACCGGACUAUCUAUGGCGGCAACCUUUCCUCAUACUUUGCCAAAUCUAUACCUAAGUCUUCCCGAGCCUACCGCGAGUCUCCCAAAUCCAACAUCGCUCGUAUUCGCAAAUCGCCUCGUCAUUUGGAGGUGGGUGUUUCUGACUGGUCAUUGACCGGUACUGGACCCUCAUCGAGCCAAACUCCGUCCAAGGAGAGACUGCGUAAAGAGACCCGGACGAGAUCUGGAAAGACGACUGUUCGUAUUGCACACAAUGCCGGAGACCGGUUCAUCCCCAACCGUUCUGCAAGUGAGGGGCUGGCCACAGCGGGAACAGCCAAACCGGAAGAGAACCACAGGCCUAAGUCUAGCAGCAACGAGGGCUCGGCUGUUCUCGCCAGUGCUGCUAGUGCCUUUGAUAUUGGUGGUCGUGGAGCCGACGAUGAUAUCACUGCAGCUCUGGAGAACCUGGGUUUGGAGGAUAGCGAGACGUCAACGACUUCGUAUACCAGACCAGCACCAGAUGCGGUUGCUUAUGAGUCGUCCUUGGCUGAUGCAUGUGGCGUAAAUCUGAAUACACGCAUCCUGGCCUUCAAGCCACCGCCACCAGAGUCCUCCAAGCCGAUCGAUCUGAGGGCGCAGUAUAAUCGUCCCCUGAAGCCUAGCAAAUCCCAGUCUGCUCAAUUCCGCAGAAGGGUUCAAACGGCGCCGGAGCGUGUUCUGGAUGCACCUGGUCUUCUCGAUGAUUACUACCUCAAUUUGCUGGACUGGAGUUCUGGCAACCAAGUCGCCAUCGGCCUUGAGCGUAAUGUUUACGUGUGGUCCGCUGACUCUGGGUCUGUGAGUUGCUUACUGGAAACCUCACCCGAUACGUAUGUCAGCAGCGUCAAGUGGAGUGGCGAUGGUGCUUACGUCGGUGUUGGCUUGGGAACUGGCGAAGUACAAAUCUGGGAUGUUGAAGAAGGCAGCAAGCUUCGGAGCAUGUUUGGGCACGACUCGCGUGUGGGCGUCAUGGGGUGGUCGAAGCAUACUCUGUCUACAGGUGCACGCAGUGGCUUGGUAUUUAACCACGAUGUCCGCAUUGCCCAACACAAGGUAGCUGAACUAGUCUCCCACACUUCUGAAGUCUGCGGUCUCGAGUGGAGACCGGAUGGUUCGCAGAUUGCCACUGGUGGAAACGACAAUUUGGUCAACAUCUGGGAUGCCCGAUCGCUCAGCGCACCCAAGUUCACCAAGACCAACCACCGUGCCGCCGUCAAGGCUCUUAGCUGGUGCCCCUGGCAGCUGAACUUGCUCGCCACUGGUGGAGGUUCAUAUGAUCGACACAUUCACUUCUGGAACACGACCACCGGGGCUCGGACCAACAGUAUUGAUACUGGCUCACAGGUCACCAGCUUGCGGUGGAGCAACCACUAUCGAGAAAUUGUCAGCUCCAGCGGAUUCCCUGACAACUCCUUGAGCAUCUGGAGCUACCCAACCCUGGUGCGCAAUGUGGAGAUUCCAGCUCAUGAGACCCGUGUGCUGCACAGCUGUCUCAGUCCUGAUGGUCAGUUACUGGCGACAGCAGCCGCUGAUGAGAGCCUGAAGUUCUGGAAGGUCUUUGAGCGCAAGCCUGGUACCAGUGCCUCAGCCUCGCGGGAGGGUGGUGUUGGCAGUAAAGCCCAGAUGGCGAAGUCUAUGACCAUUCGGUAG